GAUGUUUCAUAACUCAGUGGGCGGGUUUAACUUCUGCAGCUGUGGACUCAAACACAUGCCGGACAGAAUCGUUUAAACGCGGGUUAUUUACUGGGUUUGUGGAGUUUCCCGGCUUCUACAGUUCCGAGUUAAAAUGUCUCGGGUUUUGAUCGUUGGCGCGGGUUUGACCGGAAGUGUGUGCGCGUGUCUUCUGAGGAGAGAACUGCAGAGCAAAGUUCAGAUCGUGGUUUGGGACAAAGCGAGGGGCUCAGGAGGAAGAAUGUCCACCUCUCGUCCUCCUGACCCCUCGUCUCUCUCAGCCGACCUCGGAGCUCAGUACAUCACUGCUACAGCAGCCUAUGCUAAGUCACACAGCAGCUUGUACUCCGAGCUCCUCUCCUCUGGCCUCCUGCAGCCUCUCGUCGCUCCAGUUGAAGGUCUGAAAGACAAAGUCGACAGCGAGAACUUUGUGACUCCGCAUGGAAUGAGCAGUGUCGUCAAACACUUCCUGUCCCAGUCGGGAGCUGAUUUGUUCUUCGAGCGUCACGUGACCGGCCUGUACCGCCGCGGUGCAUCGUGGGAGGUGGAGAGGACGGCGGGAGCCAGUGAGAUGUUUGACGCCGUUGUCCUGACGAUGCCGGUCCCUCAGAUCCUGCAGCUGCAGGGAGACGUGGGACAGCUGCUGUCUGUCCAGCAGAGGGAGCUCCUGCAGGACGUGGUGUACUCGUCCCGCUUCGCCCUCGCUCUCUUCUUCUCUCCAGACGUUGUCUUCAGUUUUUCGUGGGCGGCUCGUUACGUUAGCGACAACGACUGCAUCCGCUACGUCGCCGUGGAGACACGCAAACGCAACGCAGACUGUCUGGGUCUCGGUCCGUCCCUCGUCGUCCACACCAGCGUCCAGUUCGGUGCGCAGCACGUGGAGCGAGACAAGGACGACGUCCAGCCAAUCAUCUUGCAGGAGUUGCACAAGCUCCUCCCUGAUCUGCCUCAGCCAAUGAGCAUCAAGUGUCAGAAGUGGCGUUACUCCCAGGUGCUGACCGCAGUGCGGGACAGUCCAGGUCACAUGACCGUCCUCGAGCAGCCGCCACUCGUCUGUGCCGGCGACUCCUUCACUCACUCCAACUUUGACGGCUGCGUGGAGUCAGCACUGAGCGCGCUCAGAGCUCUGAAGGCCUCGCUGUGACACGCCCCCUACCUGCCGACCCCGGGGCUGACAUCAAUAAUCAAUAUUAUUUAUAUUUAAGGUGAUUGAUCUUUUAAUUUUUAA